AUGAUCCGGCCAGCAAUUGUCAUCGUCCCGGGUGCCUGGCAUCGACCACAGCACUACCGCCGGUUAGUCGAAGGGCUGACCAAGUUCAAUUAUGAAGCAGUAGGCGUGACAAUGCCCUCCGUGGACUCCCGCCCGCCCCUCAGCAGCUGGACCCAAGAUGCAGAAGCCAUCCGCAAGGUCAUCCUCAGCUAUCUCGACGCCGGACGCGACGUGACCACCGUGGCUCAUUCCUUCGGCGGAGUCCCCAUGUCAGAAGCGGUCAAGGGCCUAGGCAAGAGCGCGCGCGCAAGCCAAGGCCUGAAGUCUGGGGUUCUCCGGUUGAUGUACAUGGCGGCGAUGGCACUGCCCGAAGGCCAGAACCACGUCGGACAGAUCAAACCUCAGACACCGGAAGAGGAGGAACUCGAGCGGCAGCGGCAAGAGUAUCUAGCAAAGCAUGGUGGCAUGCGUUUCACGGAGGAUGGAGCAAUGAUUCUGGACAAGGAAGCGGUCCGGGAGGUCUUUUACAGUCGAUGCGACCCGGCUGACGUGGAGGAAGCGCUGGACCUGCUAGGAUCGUAUCCAGUUGGUCCCUUGUCCGUGCCAGUAACUUACACGGCUUAUCGAGAGAUUCCCAGUACGUAUAUAGUCUGCGAAAAUGAUCGGGCUCUGCCGCUAUCUGUGCAGGAGAGGAUGAUUGCCCAGAGCGAGGGACUGCUGCAGGUCGAACGGUGUCAAGAAGGGCAUUCCCCGUUCUUGAGCAACCCACAAUUCAUCGUGGACUGUGUACGCAGAGCUGCUGGAGAGGAUGAUGUUUAAGACGUGUCUGCAAUGACCUUGCCCUGUGCGAUAAAUUAUGCGUGCUGCUUAGUCUCAAGAAUGUACCCAACUCUCUCUAUAAG